AUGGAUUAUACUGCUCUAUAUAGUGAUAAUGACGAUGAUGAACGUAAUGACCUAUUGUUACCAAAUGGACUGAGUAGCAAAGGAAAGGCACCAACCUCUAGCUUCUCAUCAGGGUUCACUCUUCGCAAUUGCUCGGCAUGGGCAAAGAGAAACAAGGUCAUACUCAUUGUAGUUGCAGUUGUAAUUAUAUGUAUCAUAGCAGUUACUGUAAUACCAGUGGUCAUAUUACAUUACAAACCAAUACAAGUACUAUCGGAUAAUUGCUCAACUGAUGGAGCAAGAUUGGUUAGCGUAGCACUGGAAGGUACGAUGGCAUUUAGCAAGUUGUCAACUAUGUGUAUUUCAUUCGGAAACAGACUGUCUGGUUCAAGUUCACUGGAACAGGCGAUAACCUGGAUACAGGAGCAGAUGACUGCCGAUGGCUUGGACAACGUUCAGACACAGCCCGUCAUGGUCACACAUUGGGUUCGUGGCAAUGAAUACGCCUCGAUCCAACUGCCAUACACAAAGAAGAUGAACAUACUUGGUCUUGGUGGAUCGGUCAACACAUCAUCCAAUGGCAUCACAGCAGAUGCUAUUGUUGUAUCCAGCUUCGAAGACUUGACUAUCAACUAUCCAAACUGCACUGGCAAGAUCGUGGUGUUCAACGCACCAUUCACAAACUACUCGGCAACAGUCUCUUAUCGUUCGGGUGGCGCAUCUGCAGCAGCAGCCUGCGGCGCCAUCGCUGCGUUGGUACGCUCAGUCACUCCUUUCUCUCUGGGCACUCCACACACUGGCACUUUGCACUACGACGAGGCACAUCCCAAGAUACCAUGUGCAGCGAUCACUUUGGAGGAUGCAGAUCUGCUUCAAGGCAUAUUCAACAUGAACAAGACCAUCCAGAUCAAUCUCUACAUGGAGGCACAGACAAUGCCACAGCUGGCCGCAUCCCGCAACGUGAUGGGAGAGGUCACAGGCUCGGACCUGCCCGAGCAAGUGGUCGUCAUUGGUGGACACGUCGACAGUUGGGACGUGGGCCAAGGAGCCGUCGACGAUGGAGUAGGCAUCAUGGUGGCGUGGGAGGCCGUGCGUCUGAUCAAGUCACUGGGCAUCACACCAAGAAGGACGAUCCGCGUUGUCGGAUGGACUAACGAGGAGAACGGUGCUGCAGGUGGCCAGGCCUAUGCCGAAAGCCAUUUGAACGAGACAUUCUUCUCGAUCGAGACGGACAAUGGUGCCACCCAGCCUCUUGGAUUUGCCGUGCAAGGCGCGUCCUCGGCAACGAUGCGUGCACUUCAAAAGCUGUCGGAUGAGGUACUCAUGGAUCUGGGCGCCAACAACAUCACCACGGGCGACUCGGGCGAGGACAACAGCUUCCUGAUCGUUCCCAACAAGAUACCCGGUGCCAACAUGGUCGUCAACAUGACACAGUACUUUUGGUAUCAUCACUCAGAGGGUGAUGCCAUUGACAAGGUCAACCCCAAAGAGAUGGAUCAAUGUGUAGCAACACUGGCUUCGAUGGCCUUGUGCAUAGCCAAUUUCAACGGAGACCUACCAUCAUAA